AGUUCUCUCCUGACGGACCCCAGAAGCCAACUCUCCACCGCCGCAGCCAGACGUCUCCUCUCUCUGGGAAAAAUAUGGAGCCCCUCGCGAUCCUCGCACUCACCACCCUGGUCUUGGGUGCGAAUGUGGGCGAGGGACAAGCCCAGGAAGCUAUGGAAGUGCAGAAGCUCUACGGAAAAUGGUACGAGGUGGCCAUUGGAUCGACCUGCCGCUGGAUCCAGGCCCGCCGCAGUCACCUCAGUGCCGGGACUCUGGUCCUGGGCCCGGGGAAGGCGCCUGGGGAACUCAGUGCCACCAGCACCCGGCUCAGGCAAGGGGCUUGCCGGGCCUACACGGAGAACUACCAGCAGAGCGCCGAGUUGGGAAGAUUCACGUUCCAAAACGCAAGAUGGAAGGCGCACGGCGAGACCUUUGUGGUGCACGCCGACCCCAACGAGUUUGCCGUCUGGGUGAUGAAAAAGAACAGCACCCACGGGCUCAGCACCACCGCCAAGCUCUACGGGAGGACCCCGGUGCUGAGCGAGAACCUGGUGGAGGACUUCCGGAGACGGGCCCUGGGCCUGGGGAUCCCUGAGGACGCCAUCUUUGUCCUGAGCAACCAAGGGGAGUGCAUUCCGCCCCAGGCUGAAGAAGCGCCCCAGGAGAGGGUGCGGAGGACUGUCUUGUUUGAGGAGGAAGGCUCCGCCGAUGGAUUUGCACCCGCGCUCCCAAACGUUGGGGAAGCCGACUGCCAGCUCCUCAAGGAUGAAGGCCCCUGCCUUGGCCGAGAAGUCCGUUAUUUCUACAAUGCCAGUGCCCAGGCAUGCCAGAGUUUCCUCUACGGCGGUUGCCUGGGCAACACCAACCGCUUCCCCACGGAGAGGGCCUGCCUUCAGACAUGCCGGACGGAAGCUGCCUGCCGCCUUCCCAUAAUCCCUGGCGGUCCCUGCCCCUCGGAAUUCUGGGCCUUUGAUGCCCCGCGGGGCGCCUGCAUCACCUUCCAGGGCUGCGGGGCCAACGCCAACAAGUUCUACCUGGAGAAGGAGUGCAAGGAGUACUGCGGGGUGCUCCCCGAAGGGGACGAUGACUUCCUCCGUCCGACGGUGUCCUGAAGCCGGCCCGCGCCUCUCGAACCCAUGGCCCCAAACUUGCCAAUAAUCACGGCAAUAAAUGCAGGUUUCGAGUCUUUCC